AUGAGCGUCGUACGAGCUUGUCUCAUUGUGAUUAGUUGUUUCAGCUUCGUAUAUGGAGAUGCUUCUUACCAGGAAACUUUGAACUUGCGACCAUUGCCCAGAAACAAAUUACUUUCCACUUUUGAUUUCAAGGUACAGUCACAACCAUUUGAUUCCUCCUACUACGAUGACACCAAUGACCACCAAACCUUGAAAAAAAGUCACUAUACUUUAUUUCCGAGCUCACUAGGUCCAAUAAUAGAAUCUACAAAUACCAGGGAGUUGUCAUUGAGAUUUACACAAGGUUGGUGGGACGCCCAAUCAUGGGGCAAACUACCGUAUGAGGGUUGGUUCAGUGGGGGAACUGGUGUUGAAGUCGUGGCUUUGAUAGAAGCACCCAGUAUAUCUGUUGCGCGGAAACAUUGGUCCAAGUUGACUAAAAGCCUUUCAGGUUUCUUUUGCGCGUCCUUAAACUUCAUUGAUAAUGAUAUUACAACUUUCCCAAAGUAUGCUAUACAGGAUGCUAACACUGGUCAAUACGAGCCAGAAUUUGGAAACAAACUUUACUUGCUUCGUGCAGCAUUACCUAGUGAACCCAUUUGCACCGAAAAUUUGACACCUUUUUUAAAACUAUUACCAACUGGAGGUAAAGCUGGAAUUUCGUCACUUCUUGAUGGACACAAAGUGUUUGACUCGUUAUGGCAUGGAAUGUCUGUAGAUAUUUUCACGGAGUGCUCUGACAAAGGUAAUUGCAAAUUGAAUUUGUACCAAACAGUUAGUCAAGUUAUCGAUAUCGUUAGAUCAUUGCGUAAGAAGGAAGAAGGUGGAAUUCCCAAACCAACUGCAGGUGAAAAGUUGAGAUGUGACACUUCCAAGGAAUAUAACAUAUGGCAAUGCUUUCCUUUGAGUGAUCCGAUUGAAUUGCAAUGGAAUUUGGAGACGUUGUAUGGUAGAACCAUUAGAGGACCUGCCUUUGAGGGAGAUCAAGAAGUGAGCAGAGUAAAAAUCGACUACGAGCCCUCGGCUUGGAAUGUCACCUUGCAAAAAGAAAGCCCCACUUUUGUUGCCACGAGAUUCUUAGACAGCCAUGGAUCAAACGUUAUCGUGGAACCAAUAGUAGAACCACACGAUUAUAACUUCAAAUUUUCUACAACCAACUCCAGCAACGUUGUUCCCAUUGAACCCCCUCCGUUAUAUGUCUCACGUUCAUUAUCUGGCUAUUCUCUAGAUAAAGGCGGCUUGCGUGUUGUUUUUACCAAUCCUCGGAUCGAGGAUGUGGAAUUUACUUACUUUGAAUCAUUGCCUUGGUUUAUGAGGUUAUAUUUAAGUACAUUGGAUGUCACUUUGAAGAAUUCGACCGGAAUUUACGAUGUCAAAGAUCACUCGCAGUUUAUCAAAAGCAGGUAUUAUAAACCAGCAGUAGAUAGAGAAAGACCUUCUCAUUUAGAAUUUGUUUUCAAUGUCCCAGCUUUGCUGACAUUGGCGGUGAGUUAUGACUUUGAUAAAUCGUUGCUACUAUACAGAGAAUAUCCACCAGAUGCAAAUCAUGGAUUUGAUAUCGAGCCAGCUGUAAUCAGAAUAAAUGAGGGAGAUCAUCGUGGUGGCUAUGAAUUUCGAACAACCAGUUUAUUAUUAACCUUACCGACUCCUGAUUUUUCGAUGCCCUACAAUGUCAUUAUUUUGACAUGCACGGUCUUGUCGCUUGCAUUUGGCACCAUGUUUAACUUGCUCACCAAGAAAACUGUUACAGAAGAGGAAUUUGAGCUUGCUUCUCUGGAUACAAAGUUGGCCAAGCUUAAGCGAUCUAUUCUAACAAAAGUGAACAAAUUUAAGACCAAGGUGGAGUAA